AUGUCAACGCAAAUACCUUUCGAAUGUCUCGAACAAAUUUUAAAAUAUCUGUUAUAUUACAGAUCAACUUUAUUUAAUUGCCUUUUGGUAAAUCGAUUAUGGUGUCGUCAAGUUGUACCAUUAUUAUGGAGUAGGCCAUUUGGUCGCUUACAAUGGAAAUCAUCAUCACGUCUUAUAAAAACAUACAUUUCGUGUAUGACUAAAGAUGAAAAAUCCUUCUUUACAGAUUUAGAUAUAUUUUUACCGGAAUCAUCAUCACUUUUAUUUAGUUAUGCGAAAUACUUGAGAAAAUUUAACUAUUAUGAAUUAUCAGCUUAUGUUAAUAUAUGGUAUUGUGAUUACUAUCAAUAUGGAGACGAUAAUAUUAAAUCUGAUGAAUAUAUUAAAAUUAAUUUAAUUACAAAAGAACUUGGAAAAUUUAUUAUUUCACAUUCAAAUUUAAUACAUGAACUUUAUAUUUCAAAAACAUUUUGUUUUUCACAAAUAAUGGAUAUUGCUUCUUUUCCUGGAGCUAAAAUUUCACUUUCACAUCUCCGAAAAAUUAAAAUCACAGGAACACGUUACAUGGAAACCAAAGAUUUAAAUGAUAUUUCAAAUAUUUUAAUUGGUUUAUCUCAAAUAUGCACGCAAGUACGUGAUAUAGAAAUUUCCAAAUUUCACGAAACAAAUUCUAGGUUAAUAGAGGGAUUGAUCACGUUAAUUAAGUCUCAACAAAAUCUUUCGAAAUUUACCGUUUCUUAUUGGACUUUAAAUUUAGAACCUUUAAUUCUUGCUUUAGAGACACAAAUUGCUCUUUCACUUCAUCAAUGUGAUGGACUUUAUUUGGAAAAUUUUCAAACAAUAAUUAAUUCACCUUUCGGAUUGAAAAAAUUAUACUUAACUGAUAAUAAUAUGUCAUCGGAUACUCUUAUCACUUUAUUACGUAGUACUAGUGGCACAUUAAAUCAAUUAACUUUAGAUGAACGCGCAAGAAUAUUAUCAACAAACAUCUUCGAAAAUAUCGCAACACAUUGUUCAAAUUUAUCAUAUCUUGAUAUUAAUAUAUUAAAUCCAAAUAUUCUAAAUUUUUUUCGUCCAUUGCGACAAACACAAUUAAAACAUCUUAUAUUAAAUAAUGUAUCAAGUAAAGGUUUAUAUGAUGAUGAAGUUUUUCCUGAAAUUGGAAAAUUUUUACCAAAAACUUUACAAAAUUUAGGUUUAAUUUAUUGGGAUUUUACUUUACAAUCUUUGCAAUCCUUUUUAAGAAAUUGUGAUUGUCCGAUAAAAAAAAUAUUUUUGUAUAAGGAUAAUGGAUUGAAUGAUGAUCAUUUGAAUAUCAUUACUCAAUAUGCUAAAGGUAAAGGUAUCUUAAAAUCUUUAAGUUUUUUAUUUAGAUUUUAUGGUAAAAAUAGUAUUCCUUCACAAGAAGCUAUUAAAAAGGCUCAAGAAGUUAUUCCUUUAAUACAAGGAAAAUAA